CCCGGAGUAACAACCGAUGAAAUUGAUAGAAUCGUACACGAAGCUGCUAUAGAACGUGAUUCCUAUCCAUCACCUUUGAAUUAUUACGAAUUUCCAAAAUCAGUUUGCACAUCAGUGAAUGAAGUCAUUUGCCAUGGUAUUCCCGAUCGUCGUGAACUGGUGGAGGGUGACAUCAUCAAUUUAGACGUUACUUUGUAUCAUGAUGGAUUUCAUGGCGAUCUCAAUGAAACUUAUCCCGUUGGUUGCAUAGAUAUGGACAGUCAGAAACUGAUAAAAACAGCAAAAGAAUGCUUGAAUAAAGCUAUUGAGUGCGUGAAACCCGGAUUUUUAUACCGUGACCUUGGUGCAGUGAUCGAGAAAAAUGCAAAAGCUAAUAAUUGUUCAGUUGUUCGUACUUAUUGUGGUCAUGGUAUUCAUAGGCUUUUUCACUGUCCACCAAAUGUUCCCCACUAUACAAAGAACAAAGCUGUUGGUAAAAUGAAACCUGGACAUGUCUUUACGAUUGAACCUAUGAUAAAUUAUGGUGCAUGGCGUGAUCGUCAUUGGCCAGAUAAUUGGACGGCAGUUACUGAAGAUGGUAAACGAAGUGCUCAAUUUGAGCAUACUUUAUUAGUUACUGAAACUGGUGUGGAAAUUUUGACGGCAGGCAAAGAUGAAAGACGUUUCUACCCUGAUAACUGA